CGGAGGUCGGUGCAAUCUGUGCCCUUUGAUGGGGAUCAAACUUUCCCCCACGUCGAAAGAUGGCCGGGCAAGCGGAGUGGCAUCGAAUUUUAGCUCGUUCUGUUUACAUCGGGCUGGUUCUUUAUGCCUUCGUAGCUGCUUGUGACUGUGGACAAGUCCAAAAUGAUACACUGACGACGCCGCAUCAGGACAACGCUACAACAGCCAUCCCGGCAACUAUAACGCCGAGUAACACCACCAAAGAUGAGACGUACCUGGGGUUCAUAGCGGCAGCCGUGUCUGUUGCGUUCUUUGGAAGCAACCUGGUUCCAAUCAAGAAAGUGGACACGGGCGAUGGUAUGUUUUUCCAGUGGGUGUUCUGCUCGGCAGUCUGGUGUGUAGGUUUGGUGGUGAACGUUAUUCAGGGUUACCCCACGUUUUACCCCAUCGCCAUGUUGGGAGGAUUUCUGUGGUGUACAGGUAACGUGACAGUGGUACCGAUCCUGAAGUGCAUAGGUCUGGGCAUGGGCAUCCUCAUCUGGGGGUCCUUCAACCUGAUGAUGGGCUGGUUCAGCGGGCGGUUCGGCUGGUUCGGACUCAACCCGCAGGACAAGUUUACCCGGCCGGAGCUGGACUACGUUGGGUUCGGGUUAGCCGUUCUCAGUGUCGUCAUGUUUAUGUUCGUGAAGAGCGAGGGGACGAGAACACCCUCUCCUGAAGAACAGCGUCUUUUGGUCAGCAAGGUGAAUAUUUCCGCGGCAGGAGCGGAGGAGUCCGACGAGUCCUGGGUGGACAAACUGUCUCCCAAUCAGAAGCGGCUCGCUGGCAUACUGUUGUCAGCAUGUGCAGGCUGUGCGUACGGGACCAGCUUUGCGCCAGUGAUCUACCCACAGCAACAUUACAAGGGAGCCUCACAGAAUGGACUGGACUAUGUUUUCGCUCACUUCUCUGGCGUCUACGCUACAGCUACUCUGUAUUUCAUCCUGUACGCCAUCUACAUGAAGAACAGACCUAAAGUGUUCCCCAGGGCCAUUCUCCCUACACUGCUAAGUGGACUUAUGUGGGGCAUUGCAGAGUCAGGCUGGUUUGUGGCCAAUCAGAAGCUUCAAGAGAGUGUCAGCUUCCCAAUAAUUUCAACAGGUCCAGGAUUGAUUGCCGCACUUUGGGGUGUUUUCUAUUUCAAAGAAAUCAAGGGAGCCAGGAAUCUAUUAAUACUGGCCCUGGCAUUUGCAGUCACCGUAGCUGGAUCUCUGCUGACGGCUUUCUCCUAUUAAAAAAGUCUGCAGAGUGGAAACCAAUGCUGCCACUGUGUUAUCAGGUCAAUUCUACAUUUUAAGAUGUGUAACAUUCAUAUCUAAUAGUAUUCGUAUACUUG